UUUAGUUGAUAUUUGAGAAAAUUUGAGCGUGUGUCUGUCUGCGCGUGUUUGCGGUUCGUGAAAAUUGUUUAAAUUCAAUAAAUAUGUAGUAAAAAACUCUCAAAAAUAAACAAAUUACCGCAUGUCCGGCCGGCUGCAAUGCGAUGAGUUAACCGUAAAAAUGUAAAUACAAUAAAGGUGUAAUUUUCGUUCGUGUGCAACUUUCCGCAUCCACGACUACGUAAAGUGGAAUAAAAGAGAAAAAGAAAAGAAAAUAUCCUUGCCCACGCAGGAUAGGCGUACAAAGCAGACGCGAGAAUAAUGCGAAGCUGAAUCUGAAAUUGAUGGCGCAGUCAUAACAGUGAAAUAUAAAAUCCAAAGCGAAUGCAUUUUGUGUGAUUUAAAAAGAAAAACGAGUGAAAUGUGCAUCAUGCAACAACAACAACAACAACACAUUGCGUUGUGAAGUGAAAAAGCAAAGCAGAAAAGCGGAGAACAAACAAAACCAAACCAAACCAAAACCAAACAACACACAAACGCAAAGCGUGCGAGCGAGAGCGCAAGAGUAACCACUCUGCCUCCGUCGUUGUCGCUGCUGCCGUCGACUGCGUCGCGUCUGCCGUUCUUCACAACAAAUUAUCGUUUAAUUUCUUUCAUUUUUGCACAACACAACAACAAACCCAAAGCGGGUGACUUUUGUGUGCUGUGUGCAGUUUUUGUUGCGCUCUAAAGGGGGGAAAAGCGGCAGGAAGGAAGCAGCGGUGUUGCAACCACCACAGCAACCGGCACCGCACCCCAUACUCCAACAGCGAGUGCGUUGUUAUCAGGCGUUGAUAAAACUCCGACAGCAGAAAGGUCGCUGUGUCAUGUUUAGCUAAAGAGUAGUGAAAGGAUAACAAGAUAUACGUAAGGAAGAACAACAGCCAGAACAAUGUCUAAGCACGCUGACAACGAUAAUCUGCGCAAUGACAUCUAUGAGAAUCUGCCCUGUCAGGCGAUGUACAAUGAGUCUGUGCGCAAGAUGCAACAACAGCAGCAGCAGCCGCUGCCACAUCAUCACCAGCCGCAUCAUCCAAAGUCUACACAGAAUCACAACAGCAUUAGCAACAACAGCAGCAGCAACAUCAACAGCAAUCCCAAUGGCAACUCCAAUUCGAUGGGCAACUGCAAGCAACCCAAAGAGAUGUUGUACGCGACUCCGUUGCGCAAAUCGGAUCGUUACAAGAGCAGCGAACGCUCGACGCGUCAUGUAACAACUGCCCCUUUGCUGGAGGGCGUGGCACAGCAGGACACUAAACUUUCCAAUCUGCGAAGCUGCGAUUCCAAUCGUUUGGCCAGCGCACGCAAUGGAAACGCGGUGCAGGUCACAGAUUUAGAUGCUAAUGACGAUGAUGAUCAGCAGUUGCUGCUUGGUUGCGAAGGCGGCGAUGGCAAUGCUUCAACUAGCGCUUUAGUGGGAGGCUCCAAGUCGAACAAUCAACAGGUGAUGUCGCUGGGCGCAGGUGGCACUCCAAACAAACAGCUCGAGGACCGACGUAUACUUAAUUUCUUAAAGGACACAACUCAAGUGCAAAAGAAAUUAGAGAUAACUGGACGCGAUUGUCCCAAUGCCAGCUUCUCGAAUCUGGCACGUGAGGAGCACUUUGCCAAUCUGGUGCAGCAAAACUUUGCGCUGGAGUUGACGCAUGCUAAUGGCGGAGGAGGUGGUGGAGGAUCGGCGCCUGAGGAGGAUGGCUUGGAGCUGGACAAACAGCAGCCAGCUCAGGAGACCGCUGACAAUCUGGAGUCGCUGAUGCAGCGCAAGCAUUCACCGGACAAAGAGGUGAAUGGCAUCUCCCAGCACUUGGAGCACACCAAUCAUCGCAUUGUGAGCACUGUUUACAUACAUCGCGAAUGGGUGCUCAAGAAGAUUGCACUGUGUCUGGAACAGCGCACGGCGGGCAAGAAACCAAUGCCAGCUGCCUUAGGUGCUGCUUCGGCCGGUUAUGUUUCAGCGCGUGCCAAGGCAGCGGCCAUCUCUAGCUCCAGCUACAACGGUUGCUUGGUGUUGGGUUCCAAUGGCUCUGGGAAAACAUCGAUUUGUCAGGCCAUCAUGAAGGGCAAUUCGGGCACCAAGGGCAUCUUGAAUCGCAAGCUGCUCGCCUGCUAUCUGAUUGAAUCCCAGAAUCCCGAGUGUCACAGUUUGUCGCUGUUUAUGCGCAAGAUUGUGCUGCAGUUGCUCAGCCAUGCGUCGUUGAUCAGUCGCGAGGAUAGUCAGCGCAUUAUCGACGAGGGUUUCUCGUUUCUGCGUGAGGAAGCUGCGCAGCAGGAGUCCAAGUUGGAUGAGGCCAUGAACAACAUAACGCUCAGCGAAAACGCCGAGGAACUGUUGAUUGAGGAGCUGAAACGUGGCGCUAGCGAAUGCGACACCAAGGAGCUGGAUAACUUUCAGAAGCGACGCACUUCCACGGCUCAAAAGUCGAGCCUGAAGCGUCAGCAAUCAGAGCCAGCGCCAGCUGGUGAGCAGCUCACAGAGUUGGAUGAGAAGAUGGGCAGCAAUAGCUAUGGCACGCAUCCGCCCAAGCGUGGAGCGGCUGCAGUGCAGCAGCAGGAAUGUGGCGAGCAGGAUAAGGAUACAGGCAGCGAAAAGGAGCAGAAGUUGCUGCAAGAACAGAAGGAGAAGGAGAAAGAAAAGGACAAGGAGGCGCCCAAGAGCAGCCCGGUAAAGAGCAAGUCCAAAAUACCAGUGAAGCGUGGACGCAAUGGCAGUGGCGUCUCUUCGCCAGCCAAAGCCAUGGCAACUGCUUCAGCUGGCCUGAGCAAUGGUCAAGCUAUACAGCAAGGCGGUGGCGAGGACAUUGCCGAGCUGGUCAGCGAGCAGCUGAAGCAUGAGAUUGCAGCAGCCAUUGAAGAUGUCAAGCUGGAGCAGCCCAAAGAUGAUGAAGACAAACCUGAGGCGGAAAAAGAGACAGAGCAACAGCAGGAGACAACAAAAGAGGAGCCGGAAAAAUCAGAGGCAGAGCCGCUCAUUGAUUUUGACAGCAGCGUAGAAGCAGCUGAGCAGCCAGCCGAGGACUCAGAGGAUAAAAAGGAGUUGACACCCACAGCAGCAGCUCCGCCUGUGCCCGGCGACAAACCACGCGUGACAAACAGCACCAACACCUUGCCACCCCCGUUGCCCAAGACGAAGAGUUGUCGCACGAUCAUAGCCGAUGGCUACUACGAGCUGUUGAUGUCCAAUCCGGAGAUACUCGAGUGUCUCAGUGUCGAUAGCAUCGAGAAGAAUCCCGAUGAGUGCUUCAAGAAGGCGCUGCUAUUUCCGCUGCUGGAACUAACGCCACCGAAGACGGCUCUCUUGCUACUUAUCGAUUCGAUUGAUGAGAAUUACAUCAACGAUGGCAAUUUGAUCUCAACGCUGAAAGGCGGACGUGGCACGGUGACCAAUCACAAGAGCCGCAAUGUGGCCGAGUUGCUGUCGAAUCACAUUCAUCUGUUUCCCAAAUGGUUGUUCCUUGUCUGCACCACCAAGAAGCAAACGAAACAGAUUACGAAAAUGUUUACGGGCUUCAAGAAGAUAACCUUGGAUGAUCUGCGCAAAUCGCAUGUGGUCAAGGAUGUCCAGGAGUAUAUCAUCAACCGUUUGAAUACGGACUUUAAGGACAGCAUUAUGCUGACCAAGGAGAUCAUUGAAUCGUUACAUCAGUUGUACAUCAAGUCAAAUGGUUGCAUUUUGUACCUGGAGAAGGUGCUGCAUGGCAUUAAGGAUAACUUCUUUAGCUUUCGCGAGAUCAAGUUGAUUCCUUGCACCUUGAAUGGAUUGUAUUUGUACAUCUGCCAGAAGUCGUUUAACAAGAAGCAAUAUAUGAAGAUCAGGCCGCUGCUCAAUGUGCUCUUGGCCUCCUCGGGCUAUGUGGACAAGUUGUUUCUCUUCAACUGUUUACGCACACACAACUAUACUAUCGAUUGCCAGGAGUUUGAGAAGCGUUUGCAAUUGAUGCGCAACAUCUUGGCCUACGAUGCGAAUGCGCAACGUCUGAAGAUCUUUCACAAUUCGUUCGCUGAUUGGUUGGUGGAUGUGAAGUUUGCCACCAAGAAGUUCAUCUGCGAUGUCAACGAGGGACACGUUAUGAUCUCCAUGUAUUAUUUGCUGGUCGCUGAUACUUUGUGUGCGAAUACGGUGCGAAGAUUCGCCUAUCAUUUAAUCAAGUGUGGCGAGUAUUUGACCAAUCGACACAUUGAUUUGGAUUUGAUUUUAAUGCUGCUCGAGUCGCGUCUCAAUCUCAGCGAUUGCUUCUACACAAAUCACUUGAAUUGCUGUGCACAGUGUGAACAUGACUUCAAGACCGAUGUCAACUUUUUGCCCAAGACACGCUCGAUGCUCGAACGUUUCUUGGCCAACGAGCUGAGCGAACAGUUUGCGCAGUUCUUGUGCGAUUUCUUCAAGCCAAGUCUGCCCACAGACGCCAAGAUACUCAAGCUGCUCAUCGAGACGGGCAUCAACAAUGCCGAGGCUCAAACUUCCUGUGAAUCCUCGCUGAUGUCGCCCGAGUUGUCGGACAAAUCCCAGAACAUAGACUUUGAGCUGGCGGAUCUGUUGCUAUCCAGCGAGAAGAGUUGUCUGCUGGAGACCCAACGCACCGUGAGCCCCUCGGAGCACAGCGAACCGCCGCACGAGAGUCAGGAUGAGAAUGCCUCGAGCACGUUGCAUCAAUUGUCCGAUUCUCAUCAUAUUGAGCUGCACAAGGGCAAGGCUUUGAUACACAUUCUGGCCAACGAUGGCAAUCAUCAGCUGUUGGAGCGUGCGCUCAAUGCCUGCAAAAGUCCCAUUGACCUAGAGAUUGAGGACUACAAUGGACAGACUGCGCUCAAUAUUGCCGCAAGGAACGGUCAUCUGGAAGUGGUUAAACUGCUGCUGAGCUUCUCACAGCCGUGCAAUGAUGGCACUGGGCGUAUGAAGCGUGUGGAUGUGAAUCAUGCGGAUCGCGAUGGCUGGACUCCAUUGCGUUCCGCCUCCUGGGGCGGACAUAGUGAAGUGGUUCGAUUGCUGAUUGCGCAGCCCGCCUGCAAGAUCGAUCUGGCCGAUAAAGAGGGACGCACUGCGUUGCGUGCCGCCGCCUGGAGUGGCCAUGAGGACAUUCUCAAGCUGCUGAUUGAGUCUGGUGCCGAUGUCAACUCUGUGGAUCGUCAAGGUCGCACCUCGUUGAUUGCCGCUUCAUACAUGGGACACUAUGAUAUUGUGGAAAUACUGCUGGAGAAUGGCGCCAAUGUCAAUCAUCUGGAUCUCGAUGGGCGCAGCGCUUUAUGCGUGGCCGCCUUGUGCGGCUCCUCCGGCUACAGCAAAGUGAUCUCCACGCUGCUGGAUCAUGGCGCCAACACCGAUCAGCUGGACAAUGAUGGCAUGUCGCCGCUGCUCGUCAGCUCCUUCGAAGGCAACGCUGAGGUCUGUGAACUGCUGCUGGAGAAUGCCGCAGAUCCCGAUCUCGCUGACUUUAUGGGACGCACUCCGCUGUGGGCUGCUUGCACUGCGGGACAUGCCACUGUGGUGCGUCUGCUGUUGUUCUGGGGCUGUGGCAUCGAUUGCAUGGACUCCGAGGGACGUACAGUCCUCAGUAUUGGCGCUGCACAGGGUAAUGUGGAGACAGUGCGUCAGCUUCUCGAUCGUGGACUGGAUGAGACGCAUCGCGACAAUGCUGGAUGGACACCGUUGCAUUAUGCUGCCUUCGAGGGCUUCCAUGAGGUGUGUCUGCAGCUGCUCGAAUCGGGCGCCAAGAUCGAUGAGUGCGACAACGAGGGCAAGACGGCGUUACACUUGGCUGCCCAAGAGGGACGCUUGCGUUGUGUGCAAACACUGCUCGAUAUCCACUCGAGCUUUGUGGAUCAGAAGGCGCACGAUGGCAAGACAGCGUUCCGUUUGGCCUGCCUCGAGGGUCACAUGGAAACGGUCGAGUUCUUGUUGAAGUUCUGCUGCGAUGUCAACUCCAAGGAUGCCGACUCACGCACUACUCUCUACAUUUUGGCGCUGGAGAAUAAGCUGGACAUUGUCAAGUACCUGUUGGACAUGACCAAUGUGGAUGUCAACAUACCCGACAGCGAGGGACGCACGGCGUUGCAUGUGGCCGCCUGGCAGGGACACGCGGACAUGGUCAAGACGUUGAUUGAGGCGGGCGCCGAUGUUAACUCAAUGGAUCUGGAGGCACGCACACCGCUGCAUUCGUGCGCCUGGCAGGGUAAUCAUGAUGUCAUGAACAUUCUUUUGUACUUUGGGGCGCUUGCGGAUCAUGCCUGCAAACAGGGAGCCACAGCGUUGGGCAUUUCGGCGCAGGAGGGACACGAGAAGUGUGUGAUUGCGUUGCUGCAGUUUGGCGCCAAUCCCUACAAGUCGGAUCAUUGUGGACGCACGCCCAUUAAGCUGGCGGCCAAAUCCAGUCGCAACAGCAUACUCAAGAUCUUUGAGAGCUAUACCAAAAAUGAAGCUAGCAAUAAUCCCAACAAUGAUGCGAAAUUCCAUGCCAGCAUGCUGCGCUCUCCCGACCAGCCGCCUGCAUUGCCCCUGCACCAAAAUCUUGCCCCAUAUCCAGCGCACGCUUCUGCUUCCUCGGUGUGCUCGGCAGCCACAACGGCCACGGUGCACAAUGGCAGCAAUCUGCAGGUGCUGAACGCCUCCAGUUCCACGCACAGCUCAAACAACUUCUAUCAGAACACCAUGCAAUCGGACACGAGCAGCUUGCACAAGCGCAAAAGCGUUAUCUCUAGUCAAUCCACGGGCAGCAGCAACGAUCAAGCGCCGCUCACUUUCACGCAGCAGCUGCAGCGUCAGAGCAAGCUGAGCUCACGCAACAAUCUGAUGGUCAACUCGAAGCAUGCCUCGGGCUCUGGCACAGCGUCGGGAUCACACAAGGCCAGCAACAAUGGUCAACGUCACUCGCAGGUGCUGCCCGAUCUCAGUGAGCAUCAGCUAGCAAGUAAUAUGACUAAUGAGGCGGAUCUGUAUGACAUGGAGUGCAUGUCGCCGUUAUACGCCACACCGCCGCAUUCGCCUAGCAGCGAGUUGAGCUCGCCUGGCCAGUUGCCAGCACUAAAUGCCUUUGUGGAUGACGACAGAGCUGGUCCUAGCAAUGGCGGUUCAAAGUCCGCCUUGCCCGAUAAUCAUUUUGCGCGUGACACGCACAUGCGCAUUAUUUUGGGCAACCUUAAAGAGAAUCAGCCCAGUUCGUCUAGCAAGAGCAAGCGCAGUGGCGUUUCCAGCAACCCGGCAAUGAGGCUUAUUCGCAGUCGCUUCGAUUCGGCAGCUCAGCUGAUCAGACGCACCAACAACAUGCUCUCAUCCAGCAGCAAUCAGGGCUCAUCCAGCAUUGGCGUCAAAUCAGGCACCUUCCAGUGGCGCAAGGAGAGUCAGAUGUAAACAAAGACACAACCAUAGACACCCAUUUACACACACUCAAACACACGACACACUUGCAUACUCAAUUAUAGUAGUAGCUUGUAUUUUUGACCUUAUUAUUGAGUUCUUAUAUACUUUAUGGGAAAAAGUAUUUGUUUCUUGUGAUAGUUUCAAUUUUAGUAUACACACUUUUUUAUUAUGUAUUCUUAAUUUCAAAUAACUAAAAUACAUCUAGACCUAUUGCAAAAAAGAAAAGAAACAAAACACAACUUGUAGUUUAAGGCACGCGCAAAAAGUAUUAACGAUUAUUAUAUAAAGAUAUUUCAUUACAUUUUUGGCAUGCAAAAUCAAUCGUAGUCAACUCAUUAAACAAAAGUAGCAUCGAAAUUUCAAAUGAUACUAGAGAACUUAAAAGAACAACAAACAAAAAUCAAAGACGAAUAACGAAUACACAAUACACUUAGUACACAAGUUUGUUUUUAAUUUAUUAAUGGCAUAUGUUAAGCUUAACAAUGAAAUUCUAAUAUGUAACGAAUACUUUAAUUAGGCAGUUUUUAGUAGGAGAGAAAUCAAUAAGCGCCAUACUAAGCAACACAUUAAGCAUUAUACUUACUCUACAAAAUGGCUGAAUAAUAUUAUUUAUUUAAUACGAUUAUCUAGCAUGUUAGUUUCAACAUAGACAACUAAACUAAAUGAGUACGUAAAGCGAUUCUAAUGCGGAUUAUGUCAAUUUUUCAAAAAUGCAGCUUCGUAAUUUACCACAAAGUUUUCAUUGCCUUGUGUUGCAUCAUCUUAAUCAUCAUCACUUAAUGCGACCCGUUCCUGUUCCUAAACUAAUGUCAUUCUAAUUUGUUAACAAUCCCCUUUUAUUAAUACUGGCACUCUCAUAACGCAAGUCUCAGAUGGAAUAUUUUCUGAAACUCUACUCUCACUGCAAAGCAGCAAAACACACACAGAACACAUUGAAACAUUAAACAUAAAACAUUAACACAGGCAUAGACAACCAUACAACGUACUUGGCUAAAUCCAAAAAAAAUUUACAACUUUAACAGCGAAAUGUUGAUUCAAAAUGAAACAUUAAAACGUAAUUAAUUGUUAAAAAUAUACAUAAAUAUAUAUAUGAAUAUAUUUAUUUCACAAAAGAAAAAGAAAAUCGCAUAUUUACAAGUUAACAAACAAAUCAGAGUUAUUCAAAGAUACAUAUUAAACAUUAUAGAUAACCGAUAACAACAAAAACAACACACUGAAUUACACGAAUUGCAUGAGAAAGCAACGGGGUCGAAUGAAACCAAAGAUAAACAUUUAAAUUUGGAAGUAAUAUACA